AUGGCCCUUGAGGCUGACAUGCAGUCGGUCUCUCCUACAAGCUCUGGGAGAGCUUCACCAAUUCCGAGGAAGUGGAGGAACCAGUUAGGCUCCGAUGAGCCUCCAAGCAAAGACAAAGCGUUUCGCAGAUAUGCCUCUGGUGUUGAGAGAUCACUCUCGUUGUUCGAUACAGCGUUGCAGGAAUGGGCAGACUACAUUUCCUUUUUGGGACGACUAUUAAAGUCUCUCCAAGCCCAUCCCAAGGACAUCAAAGCUGUUCCUUCGAAAGCAAUUGUCGCAAAGCGACUUGCACAGUGUCUGAACCCUGCCCUCCCUUCCGGCGUCCACCAAAAGGCCCUUGAAGUCUACUCCUUCAUAUUCUCCAUGAUAGGAAGAGACGCGCUUUCAAACGACCUUCCUCUAUAUCUGCCUGGCCUCUCGUCAACCCUCUCGUUCGCAUCCCUGUCUGUACGAACACCUUUCUUAGAGCUGCUCGAAAGGUACCUUCUCAACUUGGAUGCUCGAUCACUCCGACCAGCCCUGAAGGCUAUCAUACUUGCGCUACUUCCUGGUCUUGAAGAGGAGACAAGUGAGGAAUUUGAGCGGACACUCAAACUUUUGGAUGGAUUCAAGCAGGCUCUGAGACCAGCGAGCACUGAGGACCUUGGAGAACACCACAGCAGUGGAGAUGAUUAUUUCUGGCAGUGCUUUUUUCUUGCAGCUAUAACGAGCAAUGGCCGGCGACAGGGUGCUCUCUCGUACUUGGUUCGGAACCUUCCAAAGCUAGGUCAACCUCUCCACUCGGAAUCAGUGAUUACGACUGCCAAUGGAUCGCAAAAAGAUGAAGCGGGAGCAAGACGGCUCGGAGAUUUUGUAACAUCUCCUGAGCCAGGUUUAUUACUGCGGUGCUUUGCCGCUGGUUUGGGUGAUGAGCAGCUUUUGAUACAACGAGGGUUUCUUGAUCUACUUGUCACUCAUUUACCUCUUCACUCGCAUGUUCUGCAGAGAAGGGUGAAAAGUGAAGACUUGGAGCUUCUGAUCACAGCUGCUGCCGGUGUAGUCUCACGGAGAGAGAUGAGUCUCAAUCGACGUUUGUGGACUUGGUUGCUCGGGCCCGAGCCCGUGAGCAACGAUGGUGAGGGAGGGCCAGAGUCUCCAACAUCUGUGGUUGGAGAUCCUACUGGUUCGUCGCCAUCUUCGAGAACGCGGUACUUUGAAGAGUAUGGUCUGCAGCCUCUAGUCCAAGCACUGUUGAAACUCAUUGCUCGAGACUCUACCAAUGCUGUCGAAAGAGCUCGUCCGUUUCGAAUAUGUCUAUCAUUAAUGGAUAGAUGGGAAAUUGGAGGUCUUGUGGUUCCAGACAUAUUUCUAUCUGUCGUUGACAGCGUUCGCAAAUUCAAGGGCCUUGCAGCCACCAAAGAAGACUUCUCUGAAGUGCUUCGCAGUGCUAGUGUCUUCUUCGACGGCGUCGAGAGCGGUCUGAUAUGGGGCGAAAUUCUUGGGUUAAUAGCUCAAGCCAUUGGUGCUGGCGAGUUAUCCACGACUGAGAGACUUGACAGGCUCUCUUUAGUAACCUUUAUUAUCGCACAUUUCAAUGUACGAGAAGAAGAGAUGCUAAUGAUACAUGCGCCAUUGACAACCUUGGCCGUCCUCACGCUACUGGAAGAUGCAAAGGAAAGAACUGAGCAGCAGGAUGGUCAAGCUGGAACUCCCGAAAAGGUCUCAACCUUAGCACUACAAAUCGCCAUAGAUUUGGUCGAUCUUAUCCCAGAGAGAGCAUUUCAAACUAAGUCCUCAACGAGCCAAUCAACAGCCACGUCCAUAGAUGGGUACUCGUUACGAAAAUUGAAGAACACGGAAAUACUAAGCAAGAUCAAAAGAUUCUACGUCCAAGACCUGGGAAAUUUAGACGCGUUUCCGCCACCAUACUCAUCGCAUGAUCUCAGUGAACUUCUCAUGCGUGAGGUUGGGAGCAUCACAUGCCAAAGCCUGUCUGAUUCAGUGUCAAGUGCUGAUGCUGGUAUUAAGAGCAAGUUGUUGGUGAUGAUGAUCAACAAGGUUCCUAAAGCUGAAUGUCUGAAUGUAUCGAAGCUCAUCUCAUCUAUAGAAGGAAGGUUAAGUGCGUCGUCACAGCUGCCGUUCGUUACAUUCAAUUCGAUAAUCUCUCUUGCCACAAAUCUAUACUCGACAGCAUAUAUUUCCGCUACAGAAUUGUCGGGCCUGGUCAAUCCGUUAGUGCGCCACGCUUGGUCGUAUCUAUCAGCAUCUCAUCCCAAGUACCACGUUGAGACUGUUCGAUGCCUUUGGCAACUUCAAACGGCAUUGACGAUUUCUAAUCACGAAAUCGAAGCUGCGAUAUGUGCCUUGAUGGUCGAGCAGGAUACGAGCGGCACUUUUGCUGUUCGAAAUGCAGAUCCUGGAAGAAGCUUCACUGUAUUGUGGACACAUACUAUGCAAGAUACUGCAGCUCAUCUGGAUCGAAGGUCUUCGAAGACAUCGACUACAGGUUCAAGGGGCCCAUCCCGUCUACUCGGUGUCGUAAAUUAUGAGGUAAUGCUAUCCAGACCACUGUUUUUAUUACUCGACUCGCUCCUAGACGAACGGACGCAACUCUUCAUGACUAUGAGAACUUGGCUGCAGAGUCUUGUAGGGAUCGAUAGGCUCUUCCAUCUACUUGUGUCAAAAUUCUCGAGCUUUGCAUUCCUACAAACCCUGCGCGACCUAGGCUCCAGCUAUCAAGACAGCACAAUCCAGCAGUACAGCAGCGAAGAUGACCUGGAUCAAUGUCUCUACUACCUACGAACCGUGUCAAACAUGUUACGCUGGUCAUCUGACCAUAUGUGGGCUGCUCUUGCAGAGAGUAGCAUUUCGACGGAUGCCAGCCGCCCUUCGCUGUUCUACAUUACCGGUCGUGAUGGGGAGAUCACACUUCUCGAGUUCUUCCUCCAUGUCUGUCUGCGCGCAAUCUCAGGAAGCCAUGAUUCAGAAAAGCUCGAAGAGUCCCGCAUCAGUCAAUUCCACCGCUCUGCUUUGACUAUCCUUCACCAGAUUCUCUUAAGCCCUUAUUCACUCCCUCUUGCCGAGCUGCAACUGGAGAAUGUACUAAUUAUCCGAUUGAUUCAAUCGCUUAAUGGGCCCGAUCCCUUCAUCCAAGUGUUAUUAUUGGAUGUUGUGUUUGAUGCACUCAAGCUUCGCAACAUGUCCAGGCCAGCACUUGCGCCUCCAACGUCACCGAGAAUAGAAAGCAAACGAGCUCUGGUCGACACUUCUCAGAACUCAAGACUCUCGCUUACGAUGGAACGGGGCGAGCAUCAGAUCUCACCAAGCGUACCCCCUCCGCCCCCGUCACUAGUGCAGUGUCUUCAAUCAGGAUUUGCUGCACAGAGUAGCCGGCCAGUUUUGGAUAGCUGGGUCAGCUUUCUUACCGAAUGUUUACCCUUGUAUUCUGAUACAAUCUUUCAAAUACUGAUCCCACUCGUGGAGACGCUGUGUGCACAAGUUGGGAGCACUUUCAAUGAUUUACAGGAAACCUUCAAGGGAUAUUCUGGAGAUUGUGACGACUCUAUUGCCCCGGAAUCAACACUCAUUUCACUACUCAACGGCCUCGAACAUGUCCUGGCCCGAGGCCAUGACCGACUGUUGCAGGAUGAGAUGAAGACACCUCAAGCCAAAAGUCCAGAACAACCACAGGGGUUCUUUGGCAAUAUGGUAUCUGGAGUAUUUGCAUCGGAGACACCGCAGGCAAGGAGUGCCACGGCAAAUAACCGGCUGACCGUUUUGCUCUCUUUCCAAGAUGCAGUCCGAAUUUGUUUCCUGAUCUGGUCUUGGGGCGGGAAGAGUGGGUCUAUGCAAGAUGCAGAUUCAGCAGCUUCGUUCAACUAUACUUCCUUACGAAUGAGAAAUAGAGCCAGGAGACUCCUCGAGCAUCUGUUCGCAGCAGAAGCUCUCGAGUGCUUGGAAACUGUUGUGGAGAUUUGGCAAAAAUCUGCCAACGGACCCAACGACCCGAAAUCGCCAGUUGUCUUCAAUCUUCUCCACGUGCUUGAUGGGUCCAGGCCAAAGCACACCAUACCAGCUAUUUUUAAUGCUAUUUAUAGUCGCACGAAUCCUUCUGCUUUAGAUCCAGCCCGGAAAUCAACAUUGACUGCCUCUUUGAGCGACACGGACCUCGUUGUAUUCUUGGUGGAGUACGCUCGGUCCUUAGAAGAUGAUGCUAUGGAUGAAAUAUGGACGGAUUGCAUGACCUUCUUGAAGGAUAUACUGGGGAACCCUUUCCCACAUCGACAGACUCUGCCAAGUCUGCUUGAAUUUGCUGCAAUAUUAGGCGAGAAAGUGGACAAUACGAACUUCGGAGAGCAAAGGCGAAUGAGGAGAGAGUUAGGAGAUCUAUUCCUUCGUCUACUCGCCGCGAUUUUCACGACCCGCCCCAUAGGGUUCGCAGACGGUUCUACAGAAAGCGACGACCGCAAUUCAUCGAGGCCGGACGACAUCGUGGGAAUACUUGCAUCCAUUGCCCCAAACCUUCCCAAAAUCCUGGUUGAACCUGAUCGUAUUCUUGCAGCAGCGAACACAAUUUCCGCCAGUGUCAUUGGGCCUACUUUCAAAUCGAAAUCGUUCCCCGAAAAUAUAUCCAAGAGUACAUUGGUACUUUUAUAUCAAUUAGCGAGAUUACCGAACACACAAAAGACCUGGAAGAAGGACCUAAGCGAUGCGUUCAAUGAUGCAAGAUUUUUUGCAAAUUCCGUCCCGCUUAUUGAAAGUGACUGGCUUCCUCUCUUGAAGCAAUGGACUUUGAGCGACAAGGAGAGGAUGCCGGAGCUACUUUCUCGCCUGCUCCCGCCAUCCACGGCUGGAAUUGUCUUUGGAGUUGGAGCUACAUCGGCCAGGCUGGAAGCUGAUCGUAAAACACAGCUCAACCUCCGCCGAAUUGCGACUCUCAUCCUAGCUACGAUGAAUGACAACUUCGUUAGUGAUCUGCCUCUCAUGCUAGAGAAGAUUGUGGAAUUACUCGCAGCCUCGACGACUUCGUCACCAUCGUCCACAACUCGAGCAGAUAUCUAUUUGCUCAUUCGUGCACUUGCCCUCAAAACGUCAGCUGUACACCUAUCCACGCUAUGGCCGAUUGUGAACGCAGAGCUGCACGCAGCCAUUUCCUCCGUCGUCUCGCCAGAUCACAGCGCUGCUUCAGAGACAUUCAAUAACAGUUCAGUUCUGCAAGCUUGCAAGCUACUGGACACAUUGUUGUGCAUCGCACCGGAUGACUUCCAGCUGCACGAGUGGCUCUUCAUCACUGAUACAAUCGACGCUGUUUAUCGGCCUUCUCAUUUCCACCCCGUCGCUCUCAUCGACGAACUCUCCGAAGAACUUGGCUCUACCGCUCUCUCAUCGGCAGUGCACAUGGAGUCUGCUGCCGUGCAGGCUGCGAACGGGACAAGUCGCAGGCCACUACUGGGCCCAGGCGGCAUCAACGACGAAGGGACGUGGGAGAGGAAAGAUGAGCUGGUGGGCAAGGUACUGAGACCUUUUUUCAGCCAACUGAGCAUUUUCGCUUUCGAGAGCACAUACUCGAUGAGUGUGCCUGAUUGGGAGGUUUGUAGAAUGGGACUCUUGAGGGAUCUGUUUGAUGAGAAAAGCAUAGUCAAGGCGUUGUAG